UCAGGGCCCAGACACACAACCUUUGGGCAGGAGAGAGGAGAGGUCAGCGGUCAAGCCUUCAGCAGCGCUCGGACAUGCAGUCAGCUCGGAUGGCCCCGGGUGUGGGGGGACAGCUGCUGCGGCUGAGGGCCGGAAGCUCGCGAUCUGUGCUUCUGCGGCAGCCCCGGCCUACCUCUGCCCAGCGACAUUAUGCCAGGGAGGCCACUCAGGCGGUCUUGGAUAAGCCAGACACCCUCUCCUCUGAUGCUGCCACCAGACAAAGUCCAGCCAAGGUGGAAUCCAAGUCCUUCGCCGUGGGCAUGUUCAAAGGCCAGCUUACCACUGACCAGGUGUUCCCGUACCCGUCUGUGCUUGAUGGAGAACAGACACAGUUUCUUAAAGAGCUGGUAGGGCCAGUGGCCCGGUUCUUUGAGGAAGUGAACGACCCCGCCAAGAACGACUCCUUGGAGAAGGUGGAGCAGAGCACUCUGCAGGGACUCAAGGAGCUGGGAGCAUUUGGUCUGCAAGUGCCCAGUGAGCUGGGUGGUCUGGGCCUCUGCAAUACCCAGUACGCCCGCCUGGCGGAGAUUGUAGGCAUGUAUGACCUCGGUGUCAGCGUCACCCUGGGAGCUCACCAGAGCAUUGGCUUCAAAGGCAUCUUGCUCUAUGGCACGAAGGCCCAGAAGGAAAAAUACCUCCCCAGGGUGGCAUCUGGGCAGGCUGUGGCAGCUUUCUGUCUGACAGAGCCCACGAGUGGGUCUGAUGCGGCCUCCAUCCGGAGCACGGCUGUCCCCAGCCCCUGUGGAAAAUACUACACUCUCAAUGGAAGCAAGAUCUGGAUCAGUAACGGGGGCCUGGCAGACAUCUUCACAGUCUUUGCCAAGACGCCAAUUAAAGAUGCGGCCACAGGGGCCGUGAAGGAGAAGAUCACAGCUUUUGUAGUGGAGAAGAGCUUUGGAGGGGUUAACCCGGGUCCCCCCGAGAAGAAGAUGGGCAUCAAAGCCUCUAACACAACAGCCGUCUACUUCGACGGGGUGAAGGUGCCAUCAGAGAAUGUGCUAGGACAGGUGGGAGACGGCUUCAAGGUGGCUGUGAACAUCCUCAACAACGGGCGCUUUGGGAUGGCUGCAACCCUGGCCGGCACCAUGAAAGCCGUCAUUGCCAAGGCGGUUGACCAUGCUACUAAUCGUACUCAGUUUGGGGACAAAAUCCACAACUUUGGGAUGAUCCAGGAAAAGCUGGCUCGGAUGGCUAUUCUGCAGUACGUGACUGAGUCCAUGGCUUACAUGCUGAGCGCCAACAUGGACCAGGGAUUCAAGGACUUCCAGAUAGAGGCCGCCAUCAGCAAGAUCUUUUGCUCGGAGGCAGCCUGGAAGGUGACUGAUGAGUGCAUCCAGAUCAUGGGCGGCAUGGGCUUCAUGAAGGAACCCGGGGUAGAGCGUGUGCUCCGGGACAUUCGCAUCUUCCGUAUCUUUGAGGGGACAAACGACAUCCUCCGACUGUUUGUGGCGCUGCAGGGCUGCAUGGACAAAGGGAAGGAACUCACUGGGCUUGGCAAUGCCCUGAAGAAUCCUCUUGGGAAUGUCGGCCUCCUGAUAGGAGAGGCGGGCAAACAGCUGAGGCGGCGCACAGGAAUGGGCAGCGGCUUGAGUCUGUCAGGAGUUGUCCACCCAGAGCUAAGCCGCAGCGGUGAACUGGCAGUGCAGGCUCUGGAGCAAUUUGCAACCAUGGUGGAGGCCAAGCUGAUGAAGCACAAGAAAGGCAUCGUCAAUGAACAGUUCCUGCUGCAGCGGCUGGCGGAUGGAGCCAUUGACCUCUAUGCCAUGGUGGUGGUUCUCUCCAGAGCCUCCAGAUCCCUGAGUGAGGGCUACCCCACAGCACAGCACGAGAAAAUGCUCUGUGAUAGCUGGUGCAUUGAGGCUGCAGCACGGGUCCAAGAAAACAUGGCCAGCCUGCAGUCCAAGCCUCAGCAGGAGCUCUUCCGUAACUUCAAAAGCAUCUCCAAGGCCAUGGUGGAGAGCGGCGGCGUGGUCACCAGCAACCCCCUUAGAUUCUGAAUACUCCCAGCCAGGCCCUAGCAUCGUACUGUGCCUUCUCUUAUGCCAAAACACAUGCCCCCCUGUGGGGGACUUGGUUCUCCUGUUUCUUCUCUGGAGUACCUACUGCCUUAAGAACAAUAAAUUUUCUACCAAGUCCUCUUUGCCACUGAA